AUGAAGGAGGUGGUGAAGAAAACAAUUAUCAAGUGGUUAGAUGAUGGUAUCAUUUAUCCUAUUUCAGACAAUGAUUGGGUAAGUCCGGUGCAAUGUGUACCAAAAAAAGGUGGGAUGAUGGUGGUUGCAAAUGAAAACAAUGAGCUCAUUCCCACAAAGGCAUUCACUAUAUGGAGAGACUGCAUGGACUAUUGGGAGCUAAAUAAGGCCACAAGGAAAAACCAUUUCCCUUUACCAUUUAUUGAUCAGAUGUUGGAUAGGUUAGCAGGAAAUGAGUACUAUGGUUCCUUGGAUGGGUAUUCAGGAUAUAAUCAGAUCGUAAUAGCUCUAGAGGAUCAAGAAAAGACAACCUUCACCUGUCUUUAUGGCACUUUCACCUUUAGGAAAAUGCCAAUUGGACUUUGCAAUGCUUUAGCCACAUUUUCAACGAUGCAUGAUGGUUAUCUUUUUAAAUAUGGUGGAGAAAAUGUUAGAGAUAUUUAUGGAUGA